UCUCCGCCUCCAGGCGCUGCUGUCUUUACUGCUCUCGGGCCUUCUGCUCCUGGGGGAAAAGGCAAAGGGCACUUCCUGGGAAUCUCGAAUUGUGGGGGGCGGGGCUGCCCAGAGGGGGCAGUGGCCGUGGCAGGUGAGCCUCCGGGAGCGUGGCCAGCAUGUGUGUGGGGGCUCCCUCAUCAGCCGUCAAUGGGUACUGACUGCGGCCCACUGUGUGCCCAGCUCCCUGAAUCCCCGGGACCUGCAGAUCCAACUGGGGGAACAGAUCCUCUAUACCAAGCCCCGUUACUCCAUCUUAAUUCCUGUGCGUCACAUAGUGUUGCACCCCCAUUAUGACGGGGAUGCCCUUCAUGGAAAAGACAUGGCAUUGCUGAAGAUCACAAGACCUGUACCUUUCUCCAACUUCAUCCAGCCCAUCACUCUGGCUCCACCUGGGACUCAGGUCCCCCAGAAGACCCUAUGCUGGGUGACUGGCUGGGGGGAUAUCAGGAAAAAUGUGCCCCUGCCUCGGUCCUACCCGCUGCAAGAGGUAGACGUGCGCAUCGUGGACACACAGACAUGCCGCGUCCUCUACGAUCCGGAGCCCAUCGGAGAUGCGAUGCUGUGCGCCGGCCAAGGCCAAGGGCGUAAGAGCUUCUGUGAUGUGAGUCCCCCCAAACCCUCCCCCCCGAAGCUCUGCUCCCAGCUGGGUCUCCUCAUCUCGAGCUCCCCCAGAGCCCAGGACACAAACACCAUUGCUCUAGCCCUGCUGGAGCCCAGAGGACCACAGACCCUAGAAUUCCAAGGGAACAUUGAAAUCACCUAAGCCAAUCCCUCAUUUCUUUGAUGGGCUGUGCAAUGUGGCUGAGAUCAAGAGGGGGGAAGAUUUGUAAAACUAUCAGACCAAAGAAAAGAUAUUACAAGCUGCCAAGAAGAAGCCAGUCAAAUACCACAGAAACACAGUGAGGAUAACACAGGAUCUGGCUGCAUCCACACUGAAGGACCAAAAGGCAUGGAAUAUGAUAUUCCAGAAAGUAAGGGAACUAGGUCUACAACCAAAAAUCAAAUACCCAUCAAAACUGACUACAUUUUUACAGGGGAAAGUAUGGUCAUUCAACACAAUAGAAGAAUUCCAAGCAUUCGUAAAGAAAAGACCGGACCUGAACAGAAAAUGUGAUGUUCAAGCACAGAACUCAAGAGAAUCAUCAAAAGGUAAUUUAAAAAGAGGGGAAAAAGAAAAACAAAACAAAACAACAACAAAAUAAUUUUUUAAGAGACUCAAUAAGUUAAAAUGAUAUGUAUCUCUAUAAGAAAAGAGGUCAUUGGUAACUCCUAAAAACUGUUGCUAUCACCUGGGCAGCUAGAAGAAUUACACUUAGAGGGAACAGUGACAAACUGUAUAGGAUGAAAGGAUAAGACAUAAAUAGGUAUAUAGAUAUAUACAUGCAUAAAUACAUAUGCGUGUGUGUGUAUAUAUAUAUACAUAUGUAUAUAUAUGUAUAUAUGUGUAUAUAUAUACAUAUACAACCAGAGCUAAAAAAAAAGAGGUUAAUCCUAAAAGAAAUGGGAAAAGAAACAAAUGGGGGUAAAUUUAUAUGUCACAAAGAAGCUCAUGGUUCAAGGGGGGAGAACAUCAAUACACUAGAAGGGUAAAGAGGUUGGAGAUAGAAAAUACUCAACUCUUAAUGUGUUUUGAAACUGACCCAAAGAGGGAAGAACAAUCCAAUCCAUUGGGGAAGAGAAUAUAUUUGCACCCUAUAGGGGAGUAGAAGGGUAAAAAACAGACUGGUGGGGAGGGAAGCAGUACAAUGGAGGUAUAGGGAAGGGGGGGAUUUUAAAAAGACUACAGGAGAAACAAGGGGGGGGGAUAAGAAAGGAGGGGGGUUGAAAGGGAAGUAAAAUAAGGGUGGUAAUAGGGGGACUGAUUGUAAACAAACAUUGGUGUAGAAGGAAAUAGCAAAAGAAGAAAAGCCAGGACCAGGAGUAGAAAUCAAAAUACUGGGAAAUACACAGCUAGUAAUCAUAACUCUGAAUGUGAAUGGAAUGAACUCACCCAUAAAAUGCAAGCGAAUAACAGAGUGUAUUAGGAUCCAAAACCCUACCAUAUGCUGUCUGCAAGAAACACACAUGAGGAAGGUAGAUAUGCAUAGGGUGAAAGUAUGAGGAUAGAGCCAAAUCUAUUGGGCAUCGACUGAUAAAAAGAAGGCAGGAAUAGCAAUCAUGAUAUCUGACAAAGCCAAAGUAAAAAUAAAUCUAGUUAAAAGAGAUAGGGAAGGUAAUUACAUCCUGAUAAAAGGCAGUAUAGACAACGAGGAAAUAUCUGUACUCAACAUGUAUGCACCAAAUGUCAGAGCAUCCAAAUUUCUAAAAGAGAAACUAGAGGAGCUCAAGGAUGAACUAGAUAGAAAAACUAUACUAGUGGGAGAUAUGAGCCUUCCUCUAUCCAAACUAGAUAAAUCAAACCAAAAAAUAAAUAAGAAAGAGGUGAGAGAAGUGAAUGAAAUCUUAGAAAAAUUAGAGUUAGUAGACAUGUGGAGAAAAAUAAAUAGAGACAAAAAGGAAUACACCUUCUUUUCAGCAGCACAUAGUACCUUCACAAAAAUUGACAAUGUAUUAGGGCACAAAAACAUUGCAAACAAGUGCAAAAGGGCAGAAAUUAUAAAUGCAACCUUCUCAGACCACAAUGCAAUGAAAAUAAUGAUUAGUAAGGGUACAUGGAGAGAUAAAUCAAAAAUUAAAUGGAAAUUAAACAAUAUGAUUCUCCAAAACCGGUUAAAGAACAAAUAGUAGAAACAAUUAAUAACUUCAUUGAAGAAAAUGACAAUGGUGAGACAUCCUUUCAAAACCUAUGGGAUGCAACCAAAGCAGUCCUCAGGGGGAAAUUUAUAUUCUUGAGUUCAUAUAUAAACGAAUUAAGAAGGGCAGAGGUCAGUGAAUUGGGCAUGCAAAUUAAAAACCUAGAAACUGAACAAAUUAAAAAUCCUCAGAUGAAGACUAAAUUAGAGAUCCUAAAAAUCAAAGGAGAAAUCAAUAAAAUUGAAAGUCAAAGAACUAUUGAUUUAAUAAAUAAGACUAGAAGCUGGUACUUUGAAAAAACAAAUAAAAUAAACAAAGGACUAGUCAGUUUAAUUUUAAAAAAGGAAAGAAAAAACCAAAUUGACAGUAUCCAAGAUGAAAAGGGGGACCUCACCUCUAAUGAAGAGGAAAUUAAGGCAAUCAUGAAAAACUACUAUGCCCAAUUAUAUGGCAACAAAUAUGGCAAUCUAGGUGAUAUGGAUGAAUACUUGCAAAAAUAUAAAUUGCCUAGACUAAAAGAAGAAGAAAUAAAUUACCUAAACAACCCCAUAUCAGAAAAAGAAAUUGAACAAAUCACCAAAGAAUUCCCUAAGAAAAAACCACAGGACCUGAUGGAUUCACAAAUGAAUUCUAUCAAACAUUCAAAGAACAACUAAUCCCAAUAUUAUACAAACUAUUUGACAGAAUAAGCCAAGAAGGGGUUCUACCAAAUUCUUUUUACGACACAAACAUGGUACUGAUUCCAAAGCCAGGCAGGUUAAAAACAGAGAAAGAAAACUAUAGGCCAAUCUCCCUAAUGAAUAUAGAUGCAAAAAAUCUUAAGGAUACUAGCAAAAAGACUCCAGCAAGUCAUUACAAGGGUUAUCUACUAUGAUCAGGUAGGAUUCAUACCAGUAAUGCAAGGAUGGUUCAAUAUUAGAAAAACCAUCCACAUAAUUGAUGAUAUUAACAAGCAAACCAACAAAAUCACAUGAUUAUCUCAAUAGAUGCAGAAAAAGCCUUUGAUAAAAUACAACACCCAUUCCUAUUUAAAACACUAGAAAGUAUAGGAAUAGAAGGGCCUUUCCUAAAAAUAAUAAACAGUAUAUAUCUAAAACCAUCAGGGAGGGAAAAAAAUGAUCUUUGUUUCCAAUGAAUAAUGUAUGAAAAUUACCAAAUGAAAUAAUGUUUAGAAACUAAAAAAUUAAAAAUUAAAAAAAAUAAAGGGUCAAAAAAAACCCUACGGGUAGGGUAGGUGCAGGUUUAGGAGUCAGAACUCCUUAACUAGGAAUCUGGAUUCUCUUACAAAUUCACUGUCAUGACAGAGUCUUUCUUUCCUUGAGCCACUGUAUUCUCCUCUAUUAAGUGGAGUAGCAGUUCUUACCCUAGAAUCUCCUUUAGAAUGGUAAAUUAUCCUAGAGAUCUGUCCCCCCAAGUCAAACACAGUCAUUUCCAAGGAAUACUAAUGUCUGUCCCCAAGAUAACCAACCUCAAAGAACAGCAUCUGUUCUAGGAGGAAAAGCUUCCAGCCUUGAUGAACUUUGCCAACUAUUUCAUUUGUAAGGAAAAUCCAUGGGAAAUCCUUCCAUUUAAAUGAAACUUCCUCUUUCCUUAUGCUUUGAUUUAUACAAAGAAUGCCACAGAUCUUAGAUUUCAGGUUGGAAGGUCACUGAGAGAACACCUAGAACAACACUGUUAUUGUAUAGAUAAAUUAGUAAGCCAAGAGAAGCUAAGCGAUUUGCCCAAAGUCAUGAAGUAACUCAUUAGAGAGGCGAGAUCCUAUGCCAAGUCUUCUGAAUGGAAAUCCACGCCUUUCCAUUUGACCACAUGAAAUGGAUGAUUCCAUUUCACAAGAAGCUGCCAGGAACGUGAGAAUAAGACAAGGAUUUGAAAGUGUAAGUAACAACAGCACAGUUAAAUUUUAUAGGCAGUCUUUUCAUCUAUGUGAGUCAUAGCAUUCUGCACAUACAUCCUCUUCCAUCUUUGUACCAUCACCACUGCAGAAGCAAAAGGAACAAAGGACCAUUUUCUGAGGCAGGAUCAAAUAAUUCAUGACCAAGGGACCAGCCACUGGUGAGAAGCCUCUCUAUAGAGAGACAGACUAGUUCUCUGAAAGGAAACUCAACCAAAAACACACUGAAAGUCUUUCUUGAGAGGGAAAAUCUGUAUGUGUUCCUGCUGCCCUUGGCAGAGCAUUCCAGAAGUCAAGGUCACAUCUGGGCCACAAUGAGGCAUUGCCAGAGGGUUUCUGGAACUCCACUUCUAUCACUGUAAAAUCAUUCAGUUAAGAAAACAUCCUUUCUACCAAUCCAAAGAAAAGGAGAAAGCAUCAGAAAUAAAGGGAGGCUUCCAAUUACUUCAUAAUCAGCACAUUUCUGCAAAUUGGACUCUGGCCAAGCUGAGAGCAUUUAGCAUAGAGUUCUCCUUAGUAGAGAGUAUUAGUAGAGAGAAUAUUUUUAGAAUGCUGAAUGAGAAGAGUUCUUCGUAUGAGAACUUGAGAGGCAUGCUUAUUUUUCUAAGCAUGAACUUUUAAAUGCUCUUCAGCUCCAACUCCAGCCAUAUGAAAAGAGAGAGACAGACUUUAGAACUGCAGUCGCAGAGAGGAAGCCAAAUCCUCAACGUAUACAUAAUUAACAUUUUACCUUAUUAAACAACUCAAAAAAUGUUCCUGAUAGAAAGAUUAGGGCCUCACUUGGGUUAAGCAAAUAUACAGCUCACUUGCAUCUACGGAAUUCUGUGGAUUUUUCUUGGAUAUUCUGAUCUAUAUAACUUCUCCGAUUCCUGUGUGCUUCACUUGAAUAAGUGGGUUUCCUCACUAUUUGGUAUCUGAAGGUCUUUUUUAUGUCUACCAUACAAUGAGGAAAGCUAAGCCUAGAGGUAUACGCUUGGGAAAAUCUGCCUCCAAUAAUGAAUAUUGACAAAGGAAGCAGCUUUUGGUUCUGCACCUAUUGUCCCCCUGUGCCAGAAAUAUCAUGUAAGGUGGAUAGAUGUAAUACUAGUCUCGCACCCCACAUAGAGCUUCAAGAAAAGAGCACUAACAGCCCAUCCUCUCCAGGGGCUCUAGUGCUUACCUAACCCUCCCCUCAGCUAUUGGGUUGCCUCCUUUCCACUCCUCAGGCUUUGGCCCAGACAUCAGAUCAAAUCUAGUCAUUCCUCCUUGAGAGACAAGCAUUCAUACAGUUGGACAAUUCAUGGAUAUACUCAUUUUUAAAACAACUUUCAUUCAAUUACAAUAAAGACUGACAUUUCGAC